AUGACAUCGGAGAAAUGCUCAAGCGAGAAGCAGACCGAUUGGAAAUCUAUGUGGAUUUGUAUAUUCCUUCAAUUCGUAGUCGGAAUUCAAAUUUCUGUGUAUUACAUGUCAAUGUGGCCGUAUUUGAGUGGACUAGAUAAAACGGCUGACUUUGACUUCCUAGGAUGGGUUGUAGCCGCUUGUAGUAUUGGAUGUACGAUUUCAAAUCCAGUCUAUGGAUAUUGGAAUCAAAAAACCAUGUCUGUCAAAUGGCCAGUUAUCACAGGAUUCUUGAUUGCUGCUGUUGGUCAGGGAUGGUAUGGACUUCUUGGAAUGUUCGAUAAUGUCAAGUGGAUGAUGUUAUUCGCUCGUUUCUUGACUGGUCUCGGAGUUGGAAAUAUCGCAGCUCUCCGAGUUUACGCAGCGAUGGCGUCCACUCCAAAAGACAGAAUGAGAGCGAUUUCGUUUGGAACUGGAGGUUUUGUUCUUGGAUUUUCAUUUGGACCAGUUAUUUCGGCUGUUUUCACUCCAUUGGGUGAAGCAGGUGUCAGAAUAGGUGGAUUCGUUCUGAAUAUGUACACUGUUGUUGCAUAUUUGAUGGUUUUGAUUUGCAUUUUCGGAUGUGUCAUAAUCUAUUUCUUCUUUAAUGAAAGUUACGUCGGAAUAGUGACUAAAGAAGAAAAAGAGAAAGAUGAAGUGGAAGUUCCAAUGUUUGAUAUUCCAGCUGCGUUGAUUUGUAUUUAUUUGUUCAUGAUUGUGAACAUGACUGCAACAAACAUCGAAGUAAUGUCUUCUCCGUUGACCACAGUACUUUAUGAUUGGAAAGACAGUGACUCCAUUUUCUACAAUGGAAUUGCACUAGCAAUUAGUAGUGCAAUUUCAGUGUCAUUAAAUAUUGCCCAAGGCGCUACUAGACUUGGAAAAAUCGAUAAAAGAAAGCAAAUGAUUUUCGGACUGAUAAUGUUUUUGCUCUAUCAAGCAUUUAUGUUCCCAUGGGGAUUCUACUCUGGACCACUGAACUUUUUGCCAGCAGGUGUUGAAACUACAGAAGCCGGAGGAUGUUAUGCUGAAUAUCUCUGGUGUAAUGAAACAACACGAGUUCCUCUUCCCAUCUACUUUUUCUGUUUCAUUGUCUUUUUUGGUAUCGCAUUUCCAUUUGUGGAAACCCCGUCACCCACUCUUUUCUCUGAAAUUUUGGGUCCAAGAAAACAGGGAACAAUGCAAGGAUUCUUUUCACUCGGAGGAAGUUUGGCACCUGUGAUUGCUUCAAUUACGUCUACAGCUAUCUUCAAAUACUCUGGCUACCGUUAUGUCAUCGUACUUCAAGCAAUAACUCUUCUUGUCGCUAUCGUCCUAAUUUUACUGUUUUACAAACGAUUGGUACCCUUGAAAGUGAUCAAAAAAUCCAAAGACUCGACAAUUUCUUGUGAAUCACAAAACUAA